AUGAUAGACUUCCAAAUUCGCAAAAAUCCUUCGUUCGAUUUGGUGCUGGGACAAGAAUGGUUAUGGAUGCAUAAAGCAAAAAUUAUCUUUGGGUUUUCUCCCAAAACCUAUGAACACCGUGAUAAAAUUGUAAUAGAUGAGGAGAUCACGAAUACAAUUAACAAAAUUCUCUCAGAUGUCGAAAAUAAUAAGCACCGAAAGAGACGUCACGGAAUAUUUCACAUCACACCUCCUGCACCUCCAUUACCUAGAAGAUUAAAUGGCGAUUUUUCCAAAAAUAACAGAGCUAGCAAGAUUAAGAAAUAUCCUAAAGUAGAUUUAGGCGAUGGAUGUGGAAAGCUUUCAAUCAAAACGCACCUCAAUAAUAUUUGGAAGUCGGUUCAUUCUAUAGAAAAUGAUAUAGA